CGGUUUAGUGUCGUCAAUGGGAAGCACGCGAGACGGUGGCAAAGCGAGUUACGGUCUACAGUGAAAUCCGCGGCUGCUACCAUGCUCUCCAGGUCUCUCUCGUGUCUGUGGAUUACAUUUUGCCUUCAUUUAUGCUGUUUUGUAGACAGCGGGGAAGCACAGAAUGCGAAGGAAGUGAUUCUGCUGGACUCCAAGGCACAGCAGACAGAACUGGAGUGGAUCUCCUAUCCUCCCAAUGGGUGGGAAGAGAUCAGCGGCUUGGACGAGAACUACACACCCAUUCGCACAUACCAGGUUUGCCAAGUCAUGGAGCCCAAUCAGAACAACUGGCUUCGGACUAACUGGAUAGAGAAGGGCAAUGCCCAGAGAAUUUUUGUGGAGCUGAAGUUCACUCUGAGGGAUUGUAACAGCCUACCCGGAGUGGUGGGCACGUGCAAGGAGACGUUCAACCUGUACUACCAGGAGACGGACUCAGAGAUGGGCAGGAGCUUACGGGAGAACCAGUAUGUUAAGAUUGACACGAUAGCGGCGGACGAGAGCUUCACUCAGGGCGACCUGGGCGAGAGGAAGAUGAAGCUGAAUACUGAAGUGCGCAUAAUUGGCCCCCUGUCCAGGCGGGGCUUCUACCUGGCCUUCCAGGAUGUCGGGGCGUGCAUCGCCCUGGUCUCUGUCAAAGUGUAUUACAAAAAGUGCUGGUCCAUCAUCGAGAACCUGGCCACGUUCCCGGACACCGUGACGGGGUCGGAGUUCUCCUCGCUGGUGGAGGUCGAGGGCACGUGCGUGAGCGACGCCGAGGAGGAGGCCGACAACUCCCCCAAGAUGCACUGCAGCGCCGAAGGGGAGUGGCUGGUGCCUAUUGGGAAAUGUAUAUGCAGAGCUGGAUUCCAUCAGAAGGGAGAUGCGUGUGAACCGUGCGGUCGGGGUUUCUACAAGUCUUCCUCCCAGGACCUUCAGUGCUCUCGUUGUCCGGCGCACAGCUUCAACGACCGCGAGGGCUCGUGGCGCUGCGACUGCGAGGACGGCUACUACCGAGCACUCUCUGACCCUCCGUCUGUGGCCUGCACGAGACCUCCCUCAGCGCCACAGAACCUGGUCUACAACAUCAACCAGACCACCGUCAGCCUGGAGUGGGGCCCGCCGGCCGACACCGGCGGCCGCAACGACGUCACAUACAGGGUUAUCUGCCGGCGCUGCAGCUGGGAGCCCGAGGAGUGUGUUCCGUGUGGGCCUAACGUGGGAUUCUCCCCAGCUCAGUCGGGAUUAGUGGACACUUAUCUGAGCAUCGUGGACCUGCUCGCCCACGCUAACUACACUUUCGAGGUGGAGGCCGUCAACGGGGUGUCGGACCUGAGCCGCACGCAGAGGCUGUUUGCGGCAGUUAGCAUCGCCACCGGACAAGCAGCUCCGUCCCAGGUCAGCGAGGUCAUCAAGGAGAAGGUGCAGCAGCGCAGCAUCCAGCUCUCCUGGCAGGAGCCGCACCAGCCCAACGGGGUCAUCACCGAGUACGAGAUCAAGUACUACGAGAAAGAUCAGAAGGACCGGAUCUAUUCCACGGUGAGGUCAAAGUCCACGUCAGCCACGGUGAACAACCUGAAGCCCAGCACGGCCUACGUGUUCCAGAUCAGGGCCUUCACAGAGGCCGGGUACGGCACCUUCGGGCCCAGACUGGAGAUAACCACCAAGGAGGAGACCACAGCUGCCAUCGUGUCCAGCGAGCAGAACCCGGUCAUCAUCAUCGCAGUGGUGGCCGUGGCGGGGACCAUCAUCCUGGUGUUCAUGGUGUUCGGCUUCAUCAUCGGGAGAAGACACUGCGGGUACAGCAAAGCCGAUCAGGAGGGAGACGAGGAGCUCUACUUUCAGUUUAAAUUUCCAGGCACCAAAACCUACAUCGACCCCGAAACCUACGAGGACCCCAACAGAGCCGUCCAUCAGUUUGCCAAGGAGCUGGACGCCUCGUGCAUUAAAAUCGAGCGGGUUAUCGGAGCAGGAGAGUUCGGGGAGGUGUGCAGCGGGCGGCUCAAGCUGCCUGGAAAGCGCGACGUGUCAGUCGCCAUCAAGACGUUGAAGGUGGGCUACACGGAGAAGCAGAGGCGGGACUUCCUGUGCGAGGCCAGCAUCAUGGGACAGUUCGACCAUCCUAACGUGGUUCACCUGGAGGGAGUUGUGACGAGAGGAAAGCCGGUGAUGAUCGUCAUCGAGUACAUGGAGAACGGCUCAUUAGACGCUUUCCUCAGGAAACACGACGGUCAGUUCACAGUCAUCCAGCUGGUGGGCAUGCUGCGGGGCAUCGCGGCGGGGAUGAGGUAUCUCUCCGAUAUGGGAUACGUCCAUCGAGAUCUGGCUGCGCGGAACAUCCUUGUCAACAGCAAUCUCGUAUGUAAAGUGUCUGACUUCGGCCUGUCAAGGGUGAUAGACGACGAUCCUGAGGCUGUCUACACAACAACUGGGAAGAUGAAGGAUAUAAUGAAUGUGAUCUUUACUCCAGCCACUGACCUGCGUUUUACUGAACAGGGGGGCAAGAUACCGGUCAGGUGGACGUCACCAGAAGCCAUCCAGUACCGUAAAUUCACCUCUGCAAGCGACGUGUGGAGCUACGGCAUCGUCAUGUGGGAGGUCAUGUCCUACGGGGAGCGGCCUUACUGGGACAUGUCCAAUCAAGAUGUCAUAAAGGCGAUAGAGGAGGGCUACCGUCUCCCCGCCCCGAUGGACUGUCCUCCAGGCCUGCAUCAGCUCAUGCUCGACUGCUGGCAGAAAGACCGAGCCGAGCGGCCCAAAUUCGAUCAGAUAGUGGGCAUCCUGGAUAAGAUGAUCCGUAACCCCAACACUCUGAAAACCCCGGUGGGAACAUGUACAAGACCAAUUAGUCCGCUGUUAGAUCAGAGCACACCAGACUUCACCGCUUUCCGCUCAGUGGGAGAGUGGCUGGAAGCCAUCAAGAUGGAGCGAUACAGAGACAACUUCACAGCAGCUGGCUACAGCUCCCUGGAAUCUGUGGCCAGGAUGUCAAUCGAGGACGUGAUGAGCUUGGGGAUCACACUGGUGGGCCAUCAGAAGAAGAUCAUGAGCAGCAUACAGACUAUGAGAGCCCAGAUGCUGCAUCUCCACGGGACGGGUGUCCAGGUGUGACGGACUGCCACGCGCCGCACAUGACGGGGCUUUAAAGCAAGAAGCAGAAACUUUAAAACCUGGAGCAGUGCCUGGGACGUAAAACCUGGGUUAAUCGUCGAAGUUAAAAACGGACAUCUGUCGUGUCUGACUCCUCCGGCCUUGUCUGGAGUGAAAUCAUUCCUUUGUUCCUCAGUGAAAGAUUGUGAGCCUCCUCUGCAAAAGUGCACUAAAGGAGGAGAGGAGAAGGGCAAAAAAAACGGCAACAAAAAAAAAGAAACUACCUGGACGAGAAGACUUCCUGUUUGGUUUCUUUUUUUUUCUUUUUUUUCUCAUGUGCGCUUAUGAACUCGACCACAUAUCAAGAGGCGCACAAGAGAGGAGUUUGAUGCUUACCUGUCUUUAACUCAACGAAUGACUUGAGUGCACACCAUGGCUUUGGAUUUCCUUUUACAUGAACAAAAAGACGUCUAGCCGUGGUUUCACUUCUUUUUUUUUCUCCAAUUUGUUAGUUUUGUGAGUUUUUAUUUUAUUUUUUAAAUCUCUUCUCUUUGGACUUGACAACAGGGUAAACUCUUUUAUCCAAACGCAGAGGAACUUUACGGUGCAGAUUCAAAGGUACUUUUUUUUGUGUGUGCACAUGCUGGACUGUUUGCAGUGACUUGUGUUUUCCCUACAUGUGCUGUUGAAGUGACAAUGGUGACCUCACGUGCUCGUUUAAAGCCGACGAAAGUGGGUUUUUCUUUUCUUUUCUUUUUUAAUAAUGAAAUGUCUGAAGAGUGCAACACUGAGGCGACACAGGAGUUGCAAAUUGUUCUUCGAAUCACCAGACUUUUUCUAUAAGAGUAGCAAUAUUCUUUGUGUUGUGUUCACUACAGGAGACGCAGAGUGGGAUGUUGACGCACUGUUGACAGAUUGUACUGAAAGCGAAGCUACCGCAAAUUGUUUUUUGCCAUCAUUUUGCCUAAAAUGUUGCACACGGUGUAUAUUUUGGUGCAUUAUUCAGCUGCAAAUACAAUUUUUUGUAAAGGGUGGAUCCCGGAAGAGUUUAGACGUUAUACUGCCUUAAAUGUGUUAGAUUAAGUAUUGCCUCUAUUCUAGGCACUUUUAUGGCAAUGCUUUCUUCUGUGGUUCAUUUCAACGGGGGCGGACCAGCUCCCUGUUCUAUCUUGUAGUGCGAUGUCUUUUUAUUCUGGAACUUGAACUGGUGUGAUCCGAUGCACGGAUAUAUAUACGGUUUCAAAUGCCACGAGUGACACAGUCGGAGAAGGAGAGGUGGACUUAUCAGAGCAAUAAUUACCAGGUAGAAAUGGCCCCUCACCUGAGGUUUUUAAAGGUGCUAGGUUCUAUCGCAUGUGUGUGCUGUACUGAGAGGAAAUCUUUGGAAAGAGUCAGUCACCGCUUGAAAACAGGAGAGUAAAAAGGAAAUGUAUCUCUUUGACCUAAAAAAAAAAGAAAAAAAGAAAAAAGGGGUUUGGGAAGUGCUCAGAAAACUGCCGUGCAAAGUCAUCAAAUGAAAUAAUGGUGUCGUGUUUUUUGCCGCUAUGAUAUGCUAAACGUUUGAUGGGAAUCUAACACGGCGUGGAAGUGUUUAAUAAGAGUGGCUGCAGAGAUGAAAGAGGCACCGUUCCAAACACUAUAAAAGGUGCCAAUUAGCCAUGCUGACAUCAUCUUCUGACAUUUGUGCGCCGCCCCAAGAAAAAUCAAAGAGCCCCCUUCAGGGUUCGGGGGUCUUGAAAAUGCAGGACCAAACGACAGAGCCCGAGUCAGACAUGCUGUUAAAUCCCAGCGUCACUGGGCUUUUGCAGGCAGGCCGCGCUUGCUUGCCUUGUUUAUUCAUGCGACUCCGCCGCUCAUCCCUCACAGGCGUAGAUGUGACUGAACAUGCAUUAAAGUGUCUCUUAAGAUUGCUCCUCUUUUUCUUCCAUACGGCUUUGUAUGGAGAACUGAGAUGAGAGGGGCUUUGCAGAAGAUGUGCUAAAAGCCAAUCAACCUAUUCGGUGCCAUCUGUCUCUCCAACUCAAAUACAAGAAGGAGAAGAAGAAAAAAGACUGAGAAAGUUUCCACGUUGAAUUGAGCAUAAUUCACUGAUAAGAGAAUACCGUUAUUCAUCUGUCAUAGAAAGACGAGUGCUGCUCACAAAAGAAAAAACAUUAUAAUCUGUUCUGCUGCUAAGACAUGGGUAAUAAUCUAUAUGUUGAAAGUCAUUUCUUUCAACUUUCCUCAUCUCAGAUGCAUAAGAAAUCAUAACCGCCAACGAGCAGUGACACCAUUAGUAGCUCCCUGCACUCUACCUAUAGUCGCUGCGUCUCUCCAUUAUGACCCUGUGUCCACUCUACGCCUGUGUAGACAAGAUUCAAUGAGGAAGAUGUACAGCCUGUCUGGAGUCUAUUGAGUAAAGCCUGUCCUCUCUGAAAGCGUUGCCUCAGCCCUGAUGCAUGAGGACAGUAGCACGGCUGCAUAGACCGAUAUGUUCCACAGCACAUAUUACUGGAUAAAGAGUGUAAUAUUUGGGACCAGUGUGGUUUCACCCAAAACCAUUUCCUGACACCCUCCAUUACAUUGUGGUGGCACAUAAUGUGUUCAAAUGAUGUUUGGGCACUAUGCUCAACACAAACACUGGGAAAUCAAAGUCAAUCCCAAAUCCUCCCUAGAUGAAGUCAGUUCAGGGUGCGGCCCCAUUUGAAAAAAAAAAAAAAAAACUAGUCUUCAUGCACUUAGCAUAAAAUUGUAUCCAUAUCAUGAAGUGUGAAUAUGAUCUCACUGCCUUCAGUAAUCAUUUUCACUAAUGUGGCAAUCUUUUUUAUAAAAAGUCACCAACCUACUUUUGUGGCCUAAACAUAAUCAAGUAGUUUUCCUCACACAUUAAAAGUUAAGCUAGUCUUGUUGUCACAAACUUAACGACAUGUACUGUACAUAGAUUCGCAACACAACCUUUUGAUCUUAACCGAGCCAAGUAUUUUAGGUGUCAGAAUCCGAGGCCAUUUUCCGUAAAGCACGUAAUGAUGUGACUACUUAUUCAUACCCAAACCACCAUCUUCUUUUUUUUUUUAUGUCACCAUUUAGUUUUAGUGCCUGAAUGCAAACAAAUAGAUUUUCAUUACACGUUACAUAAGCCGUUCUCACAUGUGCAUAGAGUGCCUGUCGGACAUCAGGGGGGUGGGGUCACCUGAGACGAGACAUGAUGUAAAAUACAAUCCCGCAGAAUUAACGGCGACGCAACAGAGACUGCUUUACGUCGAACAGAAGAACAGCGCGAAUAGAAAACUUAAUGCAGCAGUUUAAUUUUGUGCGCAGAGAUCGAAAUGGUCGCGUGCAGACAGUCUCUGGUCGUGCUCUGAUCACAGGGAAUAAACGUCACCACCCCCUUUGAAUUCUCCUGAUUAUAUCCUGCUGCGCUCUCACAUCAGCUCACUCGGACGUGAUAGAGAAAUUCAGCUGUCGGUGUUCACACAUGCAGAUCACACCAGAAACUUGGGAGUUGCUGUGCAAGUGUGAAAGCAGCUAGAGCACUCAAAGUAAUGUACGCAUGAAACUAAACUGACUUAAGGACUCAUUUAAACACAAACCAAGACCUUUAGUUUCUACACUUAACUGAUUCUCAUGUAAUGUAAACCUUUUUAUAAAGAUAUGUGACCUCACCAGACGUUGACCACAUUCUAAACACUUCCCCCAUGUGCAUUGGGAGUUUGCAUUGACUUUGUUUCUCAGGUGUUGGGAGCUAGUUUUGACACGUUACAUGCCACCCGUCCCUGAGAUUACUAAAGACAAAUGAACUGAAAAAAGAUCAUUAAGAUGCAUGUCUUUGUAGACGCAUACAGUGCUGCAGGUUUAUCCAGCUUAGUGUGGCUGUGGAUCCAUUUUCACUGUGGGACUCACCUUUGUGAGGAGACACCAGGAAUUAGCCCUGAUCGGCUUUGAGCCCCCCGUGUCACACACACCCCUCCCUUUAUCCAUACAGCAGAGCUCAGCAGUUGGGCCUUGGCCAGACCUUUGAAUUGAAUACAGGCAUAAAAGUCAUUCAGUCAGCACAAAACUCCCCCCCCUGUUCACAGGCAGCACUCUCCCUCACCCUCACUCCCUGCUCUGAUUUUAAAACUGGGCCUCUGGAGGCCCCUCACACGCCGGGGCAGAAAGCCUCCGUCCCAAUUUUAUUUUCUGCGCUGGACGAACAGCGGUUUGAGCCAAAUUGAGAUUAAGGCCAGGAUACAAUCGAUUUCCACGUCCAAAUCACCUCUAACCUUCAGCAACAAAAAAUAAAAAAGUCACUUUACCGUCUGUCUCAUCCACAUCUUAAACUUCAGGUUGCUCAACUCUGGAAAUUAAACUUUUUGUUGUGACUAUUUCAGCAAAAACACAAAAAGAAGAAAAAAAUGUAAAAAAAAAAAAGACACAAAAAAACAGAAGCGUGCAGGAUGUAGAGGGUCAGUUGGAAUCAGGAUUAGCAGAUAGAGUAUGAAGUUAUUUUUCAAAUCUUGUGGUUCAGCAGUUGGAAAUUAGCGUCACCGCUUUGGGCGAGGUGGUGGAUAAUUCCAAAGAGUGCAGCACCGUUGAUUGUGUCCGAAGGAGCCGAGAUUUGAGGGAAUCUUUGUAUAUGUUCUAAUUGUAAAACUUGUACAUUUUAUUUAUAUUGUUUUUUACACAUAUUACUCAGUAGAGAGCUCUGAAUACAUUGAAAAUGCACUAUAUUUUUCUAUCUCGCAGAGGAAUUAUUGUCACCCACAUGAUUUCAGUUGUACAUAAUGUUUUCAUUUAGGACCAAAGACAGCUGAUAGGAUUUCCAUCUUUACUCUGACCUUGUUUUGAUUUUUGCCUUUUAGUUCGUUGUACAGUGAUUCAAAUUGUCAAUUUAUUAUUUAUUUUUCUGUGAUGAAAGUAUUGAGAUUCACUGGUAUUUUCCCCAACAGCAGAACUGUAAGAUCAUUUAAUUAGACGAUUUCUUGUUACAUAGACAAUUCUUUUUGCUUUGUAACCUUUGUAAUAGACUGUACAUAUAUUUUUGGAAAUAUAAUACAAUCUCUAUAGAA